AUGAAUACAAUAAGAUCGAAUUGCCGUGUGCCUGGCCUUGCAGGAGCUCUCAAGCGGCUAUCAGUCAUGGGUUGCACCGCUUCAUGCCUGGUGCCGGCGGUUGCCGACCUGAGGAAGUCGGUCAAGGAGGGCGAUGAGGAGGGCGCCCUUCGCCGCCUGUCGUCCUGCCCCAAGCUGCUGAGCAGCCCUGUGUCGCUAUUCUCGUCUGAAGCGGUUACACCGCUGCAUGUGGCAUGCGAACGGAAGCGGACACCGGCGGCUUUGAAGCCGUACUGUCGCCGUACUGGCGCACAGCUGCCGUGCUCGGUGGAGGGAGGAGUGCAAAUGGCCGUCCAGAUGGUGAAUUCGAAAGACUCGCCGGAGCUGGUUCAGGUGCUGCUAUCCAAGGGUGCCGACCCAUGGGCCUGCGACCUCCACGACGGCCGCACCGCCCUCCACUACGCGGCGAUGGGCCGCGGCUCCGCCGCCCUGGUGGCGCUGCUGCGGGGCAUCCCGGCCGAAAUGCUCGUUCGGGAGGGCUGCAGGUACACGGACGCGCGGUCAAACUGCGGUCUGUCGGCGCUGCACUACAGCGCCCACGCGGGGAACGUUGAGGCGUUGCGGGUGCUGCUGUACGACCAUCAUCUUGACAUGAUUGCGGCCACCAGCAGCGAGAGCUUUGACGAGCUGUGUCUUGUGGCGUCCGGGUCCACACCACUUCAUUUUGCUGCAGUUCGGGGCAACCUUGCGGCGGCGGAUCGCCGGGUGAUUGACGAGCCCUCCCUGGAGGACCCCCGCACACACCUGGACGCCGCCGGGCAGACACCGCACCAGGUGCUGAUGAUGGUGCACCCCGCCGACGUGGCCCUGUCUGCGCUGCUACGACCCAACCAGCCCGUCCGCGAGGCCCUUCGCGCCGGGAUACAAGCAGGGGGCCCGGGACUGGACCUCGGGCCGCCCGCCCUGGCAGCUCUCGCCGCAGACGUCCUGAGGAUCAAGCUGCAAGCAGACGUGCGCGCGGCGGCGGCGGCGGCGGCGGUGGUGGUGGUGACGGCGGCCGCAGCCGCCAUGCACAAGCCCCCUACAGCCGCUGCCUGCAGCGGCGGCGGCUGCACCGGCUGCACCUCCGCGCCGGCCGAGUCUCCGGCUGGAAUCCAGUUACUGCAUGUGGCUGUCGACGCGAUGCCGUACAAGACGUUCUGUGCUACAACUGCAGAAACGUUGUAA